UUAAGAUAUCCUGUUAUUUUUACUUAUUAUUUGCAGACUGAAAAAUGGAACUUACAAAGACUUUAGUUUGCUGUGCCCUGGUUUUUGUCAUCAUGACGGAGGUUGUCCUUUGUAGACCUUCCAGAAGAACGACCGAAAUGGACGCUUUAGUCAAAGACAUUGAUGAACGCUUGAUAAGAAGUGAGCACAAAAGUUCCCGACGGAGGCGCCGGCAUCUACAGACAAGGCAGCUAGCCCUCAUGGAAUACUGUCUUACGUAUCCUCAUCGCUGCCGGCAAGAGGUGGAGCGGUUGAGAAGGAUGCGAAACCAGUCUAGAGAUUUCCGCGUAAUUGUGAUUGAGAAGUAAACCGGUUUUUACUGUUGUCAUGGCAACUUAAAAAAUGACAAUUCCGAGGGCAGCAAACGAUCCUAGAGAGAACUUUACACCUGAAGUAAAGUGUAUGUGUUCAUUCACAAGAAGUGAUGAUCUCAUAGACUGUGAUGAAGUUAUCCAUGUUUACAAUUUAUCCAUUGAGGAACUAUUUUUUUAUCCAUUUAUAUUUGAAGAGACGAGACGAAACGGUUCAUCAAUACGCAUAGACUAUGAACUAACUAAAACACUAACGAACGUUGUGUGCUAGAACAGAUGAAGUAACAUUCAAAUUCCAACAGAUGUAUUUUGCAAAGGAAUGGAUUACAUCAUGAUGUCAUAAAAGACUUGAAAAGACAAUAAAAAUACACCAGACUUUGAAGUUUGCAGGAUGCCAACAUAAAUUCGAACACUUUAUGAUAAAAUUUCAUUAAGUUUUAGCCAACAUCACUUACAAUGAGUUAAAUCAACCCAACUGGUUAACGGAGUAACAUAUUUUGGAAAGAUUUGUUUAACCAAAAAAUGAUAAACAUGCUAUAAAUAUUGUUAAAAUACGUUACGAUUAAAAAAGGAAUAAUAAUAACCCCAGUGUCCUGCAAACGUUCACAAAUAAAAAAAGUCAAGAUAUAGGUUAAAGAUUAAUUUAGAACUUAAAACUAGCGUUACCGCAAAUGUGUCACGUAUCUACUUCCGUUGCCAUGACGACAAACAUUGUCGCACGUUGUCAUGGUUACCCAGUUUUUAUGUGACAGACAUGUGUGAUAUACAUGUGGCAUCUUCAGCUUUUUAGAGUAUGUUGAUUAGGGUCUCGAGACAUUUGCUUCGAAAUAUAUAAGUUGUAAAGUAACGUAUGUUACAUUUUAAGGAAUUUGAUAUAGCACUCCGUGAGAAGAAUUUUUGAACGCAAAGAAAUCAUAUUUUAGUACGUUACAAAUAAAGAAACACUUUAGAAUUAAAUAUGAAGUUAUUUGAGACCCUAACGCCAUUUCUCAGAUUUAUGUAUAAUAUUUGUUGCUCUCGAAUUCUUCACACAUGCAGUACCAGCUAAAUAUCAUUUUUUGCUCUAUCAUUUAAGUUCGAGCCUCUUGCUUGCCCGAAACAAUCAAAACAGUACUUUAAAAGAAACAUUGCUUCUAUUUCUUGCAAAUAUUGAAAGUUAGUCCGGACAUUAUAAGAGGUUUCAAAGAAAUGCCACGCCACGAAUAUAGAAUAUUUGCAUACUGCUUGUGUGAAGUUUUCUUAUAUGUUUUUAUUUUUUGUUUAAUGUAAUAUGUUACUUUUUUGCAAUCAAUGUCUGGUAUAUGUACAUGUUCAUGCGCCCCCAACUUACACGUGUAUUUGUUGUGGCACAGAUCAAAGGUAUGAAUGUGAACGCGUGCAGCGAGGAAAUUGUUUUGUGAUAUGUCCGUUUGUGUUUUCUUAACGUUUUAGAUGCCAAUUUGUGGUAACGCAAAAUUCUUGUUAUCGUCAAUAUUUUUGUGUUUGUCUUGUUUGUGAGUGAUUUUCAAAGCGUCGAGUACAAGUCGAAAGUAGUCUCGUGAAUUCCAUUAAAGUCGACAUUUUCGUACCGUUGCGUAUUUGUUUCUGUUUGUGUUUGUUUGUUCUGUCAAUGCACUUACGUCCCGGUGUAAUUUACGUUUUUGUCUUGUAAAUGCAAUAGUUAUCGGAUAUACCCGUAUCCGGAAAAAUGGUAUCGAGUCUCAUGUCCAGUAAUGUCGUUUGAAUGUCGCAAAUAAUGUAAAUGUUCCAUAAUUGUUAUUCAUAGGGCACUGUCGAUGGCAUAUAUAUCCAUCCGAGUUGAAAUAAGCACUUAAAUGUACCAAAUGAUAUAGUAAAGUACAUAUUGUGAGCAUGAAUAUAUUCAUUAUCAUAAUUGUAAGUAAAUGUAUGUAGUGAUAAAAGGCAGAUUAGAUGAAUAUUAUGUUAAAGCACCUGAAAAAUUGUCUGUUUACGGGUAUAUAAAGAAGUGAAAGUGAAUGCUGAAUGACUUUUCACCUACUUAAUAAACUUUUAAUAUAAGACUUUAGAUGUUUAAGUCUAUAUCGGGCAUAUUGGGUGAUGUAUUUGGUCUUAUGUAAAAUAAUAAUACAAUAAGCCGAUUUAACGUGUCCGUUACUGUAUGUGGCGGAAUUUUAUUCUGUAUAAUUAUUUUGUGUUUGUGCCAAUUUUUUUCUUAUCCAAGUAUAUGUCUGACGAUUUUUCGUGCAAAAUAUGUUUUUGCGUGAUUAUAUUUUAUUAUGGUCUAUAUGCAUGUAGAAAGCAACAAAAAACGGUGUAAAACGUUGCAAUUAUAUCCAUAUUUUAAAACAACGUCAAUUAAAGUUGACAAAAUGUACAUACCCAUUCUAUGCCAUUUUUAAAAUCAAGACCAAAGUUUUGUUAACUUGUAAGCAUGAUCUUGAACUUUUGAUUCUUAAUUAAAUCUAAAGAAAGAAAGACUAUAUGAUUAAAAGAUCUAUAAAUCUUUAAAAUUGACGUCAUUUUAACAUAACUAAUCACGGAAGAAAAAAAAGGCGGGAAAAACAUUAUGAUUCGGACGAGAUACACGGUGUAUGUACAUUACCUCAGAUAAAGGUAAACUGCGGCAAGACUAUCAUUUUGGAGAGAGGGUGGGGUGUUGUUAGAAGUAGUUCUUUAAAAUAUCUUUGUUUUACUUACCAAUAGGAUGUACAUGCAUUAUUAUCAAAACUGUUUAAUAUGUUUUCAGUUUAAAAAGAAUUGUUGUAUGUCCUUGUAUAACAUAUUUUGUACGAACAGUUUUAUUCUUCUUUUUUUCUACAUAUGACCGUAAGUUUUCUACAUCAUGUUUUAUUGUGCACUAUGUUAGGAUUUUCAAAUUAAAUGGCCAAUCUUUUUUAUUCAAUUUUAUGGUCCUAUCCUUCCAUGAAGGAGUUAUUGUUUUAAAAAUAUUGACUAUAUUUUGUAUAAAAUCGUUAAAUUUCA